AUGACAAACGCGAGCCUGCUCUCCGGGAGGAAGCGACACGCUAGGAAUACACGUGAGGCGCUAAGUUCACCGUGAGUCUUUUCCGUGUUUGACUCUGAGGCUGCGCUGCGGAAAAACAUGUCUGUGCGGACGCAGGAGGGACGUUUCGCUCAAAUGACAAAACUUGUGUGAGAGAUGCUAUGAUCGGCCGCUUUUCCGUUUGCAUUUCCUGGUCGUAAACGCAUCAUCUGAGACUCGCUACUAAGGUGACCCGAACAGGCCUCGCCAUGUUCCCCGACGCCCUCGAAGCAGGCGAUCGGCUGGAGGCCCUUGAACUGCCGGAGCUGGAGGAGGAGGACGCCGAGGCGCCGGCAGCGGCGGGGCCGAAGAGGCGAGGGCGCUACCGGCAGAGCCUGCAGCUCCUGAAGCCCUUCAGGAUAACUCACAAGCACCAGCACCCGGUCGAUAACGCCGGCCUCUUCUCCUUCCUGACGUUCCACUGGCUGUCGCCGCUGGCGCUGAAGGCCUACAGGGCGUCCAGCCUGUCUCUGGACGACGUGUGGGGGCUGUCCUACCACGAGGCCUCCGAAAUCAACUGCCAAAGACUCGAAUCUCUGUGGCACGACGAGCUGAAGAGCACAGGGCGAGACGGGGCGUCGCUGAGGAGAGUGUUCUGGAGGUUCUGCCGGACCCGCGUGCUGGUGGCCGUCUUCUGCCUCCUCCUCACCAUGGUGGCGUGCUUCGUCGGGCCCGCCGUCCUGAUCCGAACUCUGCUGGAGUACUCCCAGAGCUCGGAGACCCGCGUGGGCCGCGGCCUGGCUCUGGUCGCUGGGAUCUUCCUGGUGGAGCUGGUGCGGUCCUGGUCGCUGGGGCUCAUGUGGGCCAUCAACUACCGCACUGCGGCACGCCUGCGCGCCGCCGCGCUCACGUUCGCCUUCCAGAAGAUCCUCCGCCUGCGCAACACUAAAGACAUCAGUCCGGGCGAGCUGAUCAACAUCUGCUCCAACGACGGCCAGCGUGUCUAUGAGGCCGUGUCCGUGGGCAGCCUGCUGGCCGGGGGGCCCCUGGUGGGAGUCCUGGGCCUGUCCUACACCGUGUACUUCCUGGGCCCCACCGCCCUGGUGGGCUCAUCGGUCUUCCUCAUGUUCUACCCUACAAUGAUGCUCGCGUCGAGGCUGACGGCGUAUUUCCGCAAGAAGUGUGUGGCAGUGACUGACCGGCGCGUGAGGCUGAUGAACGAGAUCUUGGCCUGUAUAAAGUUCAUCAAGAUGUACUGCUGGGAAGAUGCUUUUGCGCAGAAUGUUCACAAAGCCCGUUCAGAGGAGAGGAGGAUUCUGGAGAGGGCCGGGGUCCUCCAGAGCCUCACCAUGGGCGUGUCUCCCAUUGUGGUGGUGAUCGCCAGCGUGUGCACUUUCACCCUGCACAUGGCUCUGGGCUACGACCUCACUGCAGCCGAGGCUUUCACCGUGGUGGCGCUUUUCAACUCCAUGACGUUUGCCCUGAAAGUCACCCCGCUGGCUGUGAGAGCGCUGUCGGAGGGGGCUGUGGCGGUCACAAGAUUUCAGAGGCUCUUCACCAUGGACGACAGAGAGGCCGUUGUGGUCAAGACAGAAGAUCCCAGCAACGCGGUGGAGUUCCAGGACGCGACCCUGGCUUGGGAAAAGGCGCGCGCUCCGGCUGCGAGGGCCAAGCCGGCGGCGAGGAAGCACGGCGGGAUGAGGCGCGUGCUGCGACGGGAGAAGCUCAGCCUGUACAUCCCCACGGAGGACGGCAAAGGAGACAAGGAGGGCCCCAACGCGCAGAGCCUCCUCACCAACAUGGAGCAGGAGAGCCCCCAGAGCACCAUCUCCUCCACGCAAAGCAUGCGGCCGCCGCUGCACAAGACCCUGCACCGCGUGGACCUGCGCGUCAAGAAGGGCUCGCUGGUUGGGAUCUGCGGAGGUGUCGGCAGCGGGAAGAGCUCCCUCCUCUCUGCUCUGCUCGGACAGAUGACCCUGUUGGAAGGCAACGUCGCUGUGAACGGUGGCUUUGCUUACGCGUCGCAACAAGCCUGGAUCCUCAACGACACCCUGAGGGAGAACAUCCUGUUUGGAAACGAUUACGACCAAGAGAGAUAUCAUCAUGUGUUGGAAGCCUGCUGUCUGCUCCCAGAUCUCGCAGAGCUCCCAUAUGGAGACAUGACAGAGAUCGGCGAGAGAGGGGCCAACCUGAGCGGAGGCCAGCGCCAGAGAGUGAGCCUGGCCCGCGCCAUCUACAGCCAGCGCGCCGUCCUCCUCCUGGACGACCCGCUGAGCGCCGUCGAUGCCUGCGUCGGCUCCCACGUCUUCCACAAAGCCAUUAAGGGCGCCGCCAAAGGCAGGACCGUGCUCUUUGUGACCCAUCAGCUGCAGUAUCUGUCGGAGUGCGACGACAUCGUCCUGAUGAGGGACGGGCAGAUUGCAGAACACGGCACCCAUGCGCAGCUAAUGAGUAAAGAGCGUGACUAUGCCACCCUAUUCAGCAGCAUGCAACAGGAGAAUUUGGUGAAAGAGAAUUUGAAAAACAAACGCAAGCGGACGAGCGCCGACGGCGCAGACGGCGCCGGUGGCGCGGCCGUGGUCGGACCCGUAGCUGAAGGCAAGAGAGGAGAGCAACUGAUGAAAGCCGAGGAGAAGGGCUCUGGUUCCGUCGCCUGGUCUGUGUAUGGCGCCUACAUCGAAGCAGCAGGGGGUCCACUCGUCCUCAUCAUCAACGUCUUCUUCUUCCUGGCCACCACGGGCAGCAUAGCCUUCAGCAACUGGUGGCUGAGCCACUGGAUCAGACAGGGCAGCGGGAACACGUCGUUAAUCUUGGUGAAUGGAACGAUGGCGAGUAACAGCAUGAGACUCAACCCUCACAUUAAGUACUACUCCACCGUUUAUGUGGCGUCCAUGGGAGUUGUCCUGCUGCUGAAGACGACGAGGGGACUGGUGUUCGUGAAGUGCACGGUGAAGGCUGCCUCCGCGCUCCACGACAAGCUGUUCCGCCGGAUCCUCCGUAGCCCCAUGCGGUUUUUCGACACGACGCCCCUGGGUCGCAUCCUGACCCGUUUCUCCAGGGACAUGGACGAGGUGGAUGUGCGUCUGUCUAUGCAGGCCGAAAUGCUGCUGCAGAACUUGACGCUGGUGCUGUUCUGCUUAAUAAUGGUUGGCAUAGUUUUUCCGUGGUUCCUGACCUCCAUCGUGCCCAUGGGAGCCUUCCUCUUUAUUGUCAACCGUUUGUCCAGGGUUCUGAUUCGGGAACUGAAGCGCCUGGAGAACAUCAGCCAGUCGCCGUUCACCUCUCACAUCACCAGCAGCCUUCAGGGACUCUCCACCAUCCACGCAUAUGGAAGAGGUCACGACUUCCUUCAAAGGUAUCAAGAGCUGCUGGACACCAACCAGGCCUCCAACUACCUCUUCAACUGUGCGAUGCGAUGGCUGGCCAUUCGCCUGGACAUCAUCAGCAUCACUCUUAUCACUGCAGUGGCACUCUUCAUUGUCUUCAUGCACAACCAGAUACCGCCAGCGUACGCGGGCUUAGCCAUAUCCUACGCCGUGCAGCUGAACGGCCUGUUUCAGUUCACGGUGCGGCUGCUCACAGAGACCGAAGCUCGGUUCACAUCAGUUGAGAGGAUCAAUCAUUAUAUAAAGAGUGUGGAGAGCGAGGCGCCGAGGCGCAGGCUGGAGGCGGCCGCUCCUGCCCCCUCCUGGCCCCAGCGGGGAAAGAUCAGCUUCCAGGAUGUGCAGAUGCGCUAUCGCCAUGAUCUGCCGCUGGUGCUUAAGAGCCUGUCCUUCACCAUCAUGCCCGAGGAGACCAUCGGCAUCGUGGGCCGCACAGGUUCAGGAAAGUCCUCCCUCGGCGUGGCUCUGUUCAGACUCGUGGAGUUGACAGGAGGCUCAGUUAUAAUUGACGAGAUCGAUAUUGCGCAGAUUGGCUUGGACGACCUGCGGAGAAAACUCGCCAUCAUUCCUCAGGAGCCCGUGCUCUUUAUUGGCACCGUCAGGACUAAUUUAGAUCCAUGGGAUCAAUACUCUGAUGCUGAGAUAUGGGAAGCUCUAGAGAAGACGCAUAUCAAGGAAAUGGUCAGCCAGCUGCCUCACUCGCUGCACUCAGAGGUGACGGAGAACGGAGAGAACUUCUCGGUGGGGGAGCGCCAGCUACUCUGUGUGGCCCGAGCCCUGCUGAGAAACAGCAAGAUCCUUAUACUGGAUGAGGCAACAGCAGCCAUCGACACUGAGACAGAUCGUCUCAUCCAAGACACCAUUCGCAGUGCGUUUGGCAGCUGCACUACUCUCAUCAUCGCCCACCGCCUCAACACAGUGAUGAGCUGCAACAGGGUCAUGGUCAUGGACAAAGGCCAGAUUUUGGAGUUUGACAGUCCUGCUGCCCUGCUGGCAGAUGAGAACUCAAGAUUCAGAGCCAUGAUAGAAGCAUCAGAAAACCAAAGCAGAUAAAACAUGCAGGAGCUGAGCCUUGGGCGUGAGCUCUGAGGCCACAGGUUUUCAGUGGAAUACCUGAAUUACACAAAAAGACAGGAUUAACAAAAUCCCAGAACAGUAUGAUAGAGGCGCAUUCUUGUAAUGGGUGUUUUCCAAACCAAAAAGGCAGGGAUCACGUUACAGAAGGAAACAUCAAUCUCAUUAAACACAAGAUGCUGCCUGCUAUAACAAACUAUAGGAGAAACUCUGACACUGCACUUUAUGUUUUAUAAGGGCAUAUUUACUGUACGAACAUGUGAUGAUUCCUUGGUGAGACUUAAUUAGUUUCAGUCACUUUAUUUUUGUAAUCAUCACCUCAUGUUCAGAAACAGUUUAUAAACAAUAUAUAUACAUAUUCAUAUGAUCAACUCCAUGAUAGUAGUACUUCAUAAUAAUAAUAAUAAUAAUAUAAUAAAAAAAAAAUAAUAAACUAGUACACUGUGACCUGUUUGAAACAUGAUUCAAAUAUUUAUUGUUUUGUCUGUUGAUGCGUUUAGUUGAACGAUCCUAUGUUAUGUCAGUAAGCUGUUAAAGAUGCAAAAUGUGCCUAGAGCUGUUGACAUUUUCAGGUUAAACAGUGGAGUUAGCCAUGAUUCAAACAUGUUAAGCACCUUUUGAAAUAAAGCUAAUAUUUCCUCUAUAUCCAAAAGCUGGAGUUUAAACUUGCACACUUGAAACCGUUGUAUUGUUUUGACCAGUUGAGUAACACUGGUACUGCUGUGUGUCAUUCUGUUACAAUUUAGGUUUCAAACCAUGGUUAAUAAUGUUACUUGCAACAGAGCUGAGACUUAUCAACAUUGCGAUGUGUUCUGAAAUAGAGUGUGUGAUCUGGGAUUGUUAAGGUCUGCCUUAUAAUCAAGUGUGUGCUGAACAAUCAUCAAGUGCAAUGUCAUCCUAUUGCAUUGAUUGCCUUUGUACACUUGAGAAUUUAAAGUUGCAAUAUCUAUUUUUUGUAAAGGUUUGAUUUUUAUUAUACAGGUUUUAAUUCAAUAAAGUGUUUUUCAAUUUGCA